UAAGCGCGGUGGCAGGCAGCAGGCUGUGGGCCGCUGCCUCCUGCACAGAGGCCGCCAGAUCGCACCAGCCUGUGGCCUGACUCAGCUUGCUUGGAGGGAGGCUGAGGCCCUGCGGGCCUGGAGCUCUGAUGAGAGAUGGGGUAGUGGAGCAUGUGGUGGCAGGGCCGCGUCGCGGUGUGGGCGGCCAGGAAGGGGACAGGUCUUGUCUAUGCCUUCGUCCUAUCUUGCCUAGGUUUUGAACUCCCGAAGGAGUAGGCCUUCUGCGUUAGAGAGCUCCCGGGUGCCUGGGUGGGGCCGGCCCUGGUACCGGGCUCAGCGGGAUCCUGACUCGGAAAUAGGUCGGCGCUCUCCUUGCAUACCUUUCUGCAGCAGGUUGCAGUCAUCCCACUCUCUCCUGACCGGUUCCCUAGUCGAAGGAAGCAUAGGCGAUUCCAGCCGGGUCUUGCUUGUCCUGGGGUGACUGUCUCCAAAUUCCAAGUGACUCACUCAGAUCCUGUCCACUUUAAUGCAAAGGUUUAUGGGUCAGCAGGGCCUCUUCUCAGACCUCCUAGUUCUCCAGCUCUGUCCUCAUUCUCAGGAAUUACCUGAAAAAAAUAGUAUUAUCUAUCUCUCUAUAUACAUAUCUAUAUAUAACAUACAUGUAUGAAUCUAUGUUUUGAAAUGUCUCUGCAGCAGCUAUGCAGAGACUUGCAGUUGUGUUGCCCCUACUAUCUGUUUAGUUUUAAUUUCAGCCAUGCCAUCCUGAUCACUCUGUUAACUUUAGAAUUUGGAGCUUUUAAAAUCAAUGAAGUCAUGCAGUCAAGUAUCAUGCAAUCAAUCGUUCAUCUGCUCAACACACUUUUUCGAUGGGUUCCUUGAUUGUCUUGGUCUUAUGCCAAGAACUAAAAUGGCCAUUCUUAGCCUUUUUCUUCCAGUUUAUCUGCCAGUUUUAUUGUCUAUAUUUGAUGGUUCAAUUUCAGGUUCUAGAUUUAGGUACAGAAGCUUAUGAUUCUAUAUCAUAAGCUAGAGCUGUUCUGGGACCUCAUUUACUUUUCCUUACUUUCACCCCUGGUAAGCCUCAGACCAUGACCGCCCUGAGACAGAAUCCUGCGAAGUUAUCACUAAAGACCCUAGUCUCCAGGACCUACAUUAUAAAGUGAGGGUGUGAGGUUAUAUAUAUUCAUUAAUUUUGAGAUGUUCUAGAACAGUAUGGACAGAUGGCAUAUUUACUGAUCUGUGUUAACAGUUGAGAAGUGAGCAUUUAAAAAACCCUGGAUAUAUUUUAAGAUUAUAUGUUUUACUCUUCCUAAAUCUGUCCACAUUGACUUUUUUGACUAGCAAGCAGGUGCAUGUUUACAAUUUUGAUUCACAUCCAAUCCCUGCACUCACAGCAUUAUGACUCAUCUAAAUUUUGAAAUGUAAUAAUCAGGAGUUUUUAACGUUACAUUUAAAGGUAUGAUAUAAAAAUUGAAUAAGAAUGCAAUUUUCAAAGCAUUUUGUUUCAGUAGAUCAGAGGUAACUAAAAACCUCUGUCUUGGCUAUUUGCUUGCUUGGUUAAUGUUAAGUAGUUUUCAUCACCUGGCUAUGGUCUAGCACUGUCAUGUCUGUUAACAUUUAUUUUAUCAACCUAAAAUUUACUGGAUUUUAAUUGAUUGCUGCCUCCAGUUGAGGAUGAUAAACAAAAGGCAGCACAUCCGCUCUGGCCCCAAGUCCCUAACUUUUCAUCAAGGAAUUAAUAGUAUUGCCUGGAAGUCACAGACAAGACCAAAACACAAUGAGAAUCUGCAUACAUACAUGUAAGAGAAGCAAAAAUGUCAGAUGAUAUCAGGAAAAGGUUUGAAUUUCCAAAUUCUCUUAUCCAGUCACAGGCUGUGGGUCAUCUUAUUGCUGCAGUUCUAAAGGAAAAUGGUUUUUCAGAAAAGAUCCACCAGUCCACAAACCAGACUCCUGCUUUGAACUUACUGUGGGAGAAGUGUUGCAGCGAAAAUGUUGUGGUUCGAACAGCCUGCUGUGAGGGUCUGGUGGCCCUUGUUGCUCAGGAUCACGCGGAGUUCAGCUACGUUCUCAAUGGGAUACUCAACCUGAUUCCAUCGACCAGGAAUACACAUGGCUUGAUAAAAGCCAUUAUGAAAUUAUUACAAAUCCAAGCUCUCAAGGAAGGACAGGGUGGGGAGAAGAAUAUUCAGGAUAUAUAUAAUAUUAGAAACCAUCCUCAGCCUUUGAUCACUGUGCUUGAACACAGACCUGAUUGCUGGCCAGUACUUUUACAGCAGCUGACAGCUUUUUUCCAACAAUGCCCUGAAAGGUCAGAAGUUUCAUGUAUCCAAAUAAUGGCACCGUUUCUAUGGUAUCUAUAUUGUGAACCAUCCCAGUUACAAGAAUAUGCUAAGCUCCGACUAGCUCUGCUCAAAGUCUUACUUCAACCCCGGGUUCUCUGUGACAAAGAACAACCAUCAAUACUGGAACAGCAGAUACUUCAACUGUGUUGCAACAUGGUUCCAUGUUUGCAGAUAAAAGAUAUGAUACAGACAACAGAAGUGAUGCUGUUUAUUGAAGAAGUAUAUUUAAGCCUUUUGCGUCAUCCCAGUUUUUGGAAAAUUCAACUUACCGAGCUGACCCUUCAGCUGCUCUGUGUCUCUGAAGUCAGCUUAAACAUAACUGGGGAAUGCUCAUCUUUAAUUCACCUUUUAGAACACAGUGUUGAGCUUCUGAGGGAGGAUUUUCCUGUUGAACCAGUCAUAAUUGGGAUAGCUUUACUACUUCUACAGACUCCAGCAAGUCAACAGAAGCCAAUCUUAAGUCUAGCUUUGAAGCUUCUCUCUUCUGCUGAGGGUCAGAAAAUCCCAAAGUCAUCUUUGCUGCUCGUGAUGCCCGUUCUGCAGAUAUUAUCUUCUACUGCCUUGGAAGACUGUAUAUCCACGGAUGAAGAAGGACCCUCUAGGCAGCAGUUGGCUCUAAACCUUUUAGAAAUAGUACAGCAAGAGUCUUACAGAGACGACCACCAAAAGCUUUCCUACAAGCUUGCAUUCCCCAUAACUGGCAUGUAUGGUUCAGUAUUUACAGCCUGGAGGAUCCUUGAAGUAAUGAGAGAAGAGUCUGCAGCAAGUGACUGGUUGGCUUCGGUGGAGUCCUUGCUUCCUAUUACCACAGUGAUCCCGGUGCAUGUUUUCCUUCUGCUGGCUUACCUUCUUGUUGAAGAUAAAGGACGAAAUCUCCGCCAGACACUGAAAGUCACUACGGAAUUAGCCCAAGCUGAUUCCUCUCAGGUACCAAAUCUGAUUCCAGUUUUGAUGUUCAAAUUAGGAAGACCACUGGAACCCGUGUUAUACAAUGAUAUCUUGUAUACUUUACCUACACUUGGUGUUCACAAGGUAUGCAUAGGACAAAUUCUACGAGUAAUCCAACUUCUUGGAACCACUCCACAACUAAAAGCUGUCACUUUGCGCUUGUUGACAUCUUUGUGGGAAAAGCAGGAUCGUGUCUAUCCUGAACUGCAGCGUUUCAUGGCCUUGUCUGACGUGCCCUCUCUGUCUGUGGGCAAGGAGGUCCAGUGGGAGAAACUGAUUGCUAAAGCAGCAUCAAUCAGAGAUAUAUGUAAGCAAAGGCCAUAUCAGCAUGGUGCAGAUAUGUUGGCAGCUAUUUCCCAGGUGUUGAAUGAAUGCACCAAGCCUGACCAAGCUACUCCAGCAGCCUUGGUAUUACAAGGUCUUCAUGCACUCUGCCAAGCUGAGGUGGUUUGUAUUCGAUCCACUUGGAAUGCUCUCUCUCCAAAGCUGAGUUGUGACACGAGACCUCUCAUUCUGAAGUCCCUCAGUGAUCUGUUUGCUCUGGUUCCUUCCUUAACAGUCAAUACAGCUGAAUAUGAGAAUUUUAAAGUUCAAGUCCUCAGCUUCCUCUGGAACCACACUCAAAAUGAGGACCCAGUCGUAGCAAAUGCUGCAUAUAAAUCUCUGUCACACUUUAGUGCUGGAGAGCACACCAUUCUUCAUCUGCCUGAAAAGAUAAGACCAGAAAUCGAAAUUCCUGAUGACCUUGAUGAAGAUGAAGAUGAGGAGGGUGAUGAGAAGGACAUGGAUCUUUCCAUUCCUGGCUCUUGCUAUCUCAAACUGUUGUCACUCACUGAUCCUUUGGUUUUACCAGCUUUGGAGGAAUUUUUUACAUCACUUGUGAAACAAGAAAUGGUGAAUAUGCCCCGUGGGAUAUAUCACUCUGCAUUGAAAGGAGGCGCCCGCAUAGACCAAGGAAAGACUGUAGCAGGAAUCCCCAAUUUUAUGUUGAAAAUGUAUGAAACAAACAAGCAACCUGGUUUGAAACCUGGCCUUGCAGGUGGUAUGUUAUUUUGUUACGAUAUUUCAACAUAUCAGAGUAAGGAUGGCAAACCAUUGAAUCGACUGAUGGCCAGUAGAGGGAGAAGCUUCAAGCAGACCUCACUCGCUUUAGUGCAUGAGGUUCACAUCCAGCUUUCUGAGUGGCACCGUGCAAUUUUUCUUCCACAGGCCUGGCUCGCAUAUAUGAAUCGUGCUUAUCAUGCCAUUUUACAGGGAAGGAUAGGAGAGCUGGAGUUGCAGUUAAAACAUGGAAAAGAAGGACCGGAGGAGGUGCAAUACAAAAAAAGCACAGCCUGGCUCUGGGUUCGAGACAUGUUGACUGAUGAGGUCACCAAAGCAGCUGCAAAAGACAGCCCAGUGGUCAAAGGCAACGCGCUGUUAGCCUUAAGCAGCCUUGCUGUCGUCGUUUCCAAACAUGAAGCCAGCCUUUCCUCAGACUCUGAGGGGGUCCUGGAGGUUCAACCUAAUUUCCUUCCAAUGAAAGAGUGGCUUUUCAUGGUGUUCGAUACUCUUCUGGUUAUCGUUGAUAGCCAUUACCAACCCAGAGGACACCUUUUCUCUUCAUUUUAUUAUAAAUCCUAUUCUGGUGAAAACACAGCCAGUGCCAUUGCCCGUUCUGCGGCUGCCACAGCUUUGUCUCUCCUUGUGCCAGUUUUCAUUAUCUCUUGCAAAGAGAAGGUUGAGGAAAUCCUGAACAUGCUGACUGCCAGGUUACCUGGGAAACCGAGUGCUGAUGAGUCUCAAGCCGUGCAAAUCCACAUGGGCCUUGCUUUGGGGAUGUUUCUGUCUCGCUUGUGUGAGGAGAAACUCAGUGAUAUAUCUGGCCAGCAGAUGAAACUUCUUCUGAUGAAGUCUUUGGAUGCUCUGGAAAAUUGCUGCUUUGAUACUAGUCUUGAAUACAACACGGGCUGUAUCCUGGGAGUUGGACUCGUCCUAUCCCUCAUGAGCCAGAGCAGCCAAACAGAGUCUCGAGUCCAUGUGGCAGCCUCCCUCCGGAAGCUCUCUGCCUACCUUGAUGACAGCGGAAGCCAGAGCAGAACGUUUCAGGAGGUCCUUGCCUAUACCCUGAGCUGUGUAUGUACAUCUGCAUUCAGUGCCGGAAUUAUUGAGUCUGUGGAGGCUGAAGAUAUUAUGAACAAGCUUCGACUGUUAGUGGAGAACAACCAACAGACUUCAGGUUUUGCUCUGGCAUUAGGAAAUGUAGUUCAUGGCUUGUCGGUAUGCGGACAUGGAAAAGCUGAAGACUUGGGCAGCAGACUGCUCCCUGCCUGGAUCAAAAUUGUCCUAACACAGGGCGCUCCCACAAUGCUUUGUUUGGCAGCUCUUCAUGGCAUGGUGGCCUUGGUAGGCUCUGAAGGGGAUGUAAUGCAGCUGAAGUCAGAAAUCAUCCAGUCCUCUCAUUUUCAAGGCAGACUUAAUGAAGUCAUUAGAACUUUAACUCAGGUCAUCAGUGUGUCUGGGGUGAUUGGUCUUCAGUCAAAUGCAAUCUGGCUUCUAGGACAUCUUCAUCUGUCUACUCUGUCCUCAAAUCAAAGUAGAACCUCAGUUCCUACUGACUAUUGCUAUUUGCCUGAAAGCAGUUUUAUUAGAGCAGCCAUUGGCUUCUUCAUUACAGGAGGAAAAAAAGGUCCUGAAUCUGUGCCUCCUUCCCUUCUCAAAGUAGUGAUGAAACCCAUAGCAACUGUUGGGGAAACCUACCAGUAUCCUCCUGUGAACUGGGCUUCACUCCUCUCUCCACUUAUGAGGCUAAACUUUGGUGAAGAGAUACAGCAACUGUGUCUUGAAAUUCUGGUGACCCAGGCUCAGUCUUCCCAAAAUGCAUCCGCACUUUUGGGAAUGUGGGUGAUGCCACCACUGAUCCAUGGUCUGAGUCUGAACAUCAAGAAAUACCUCCUAGUAUCUGUGCCUUUGUGGAUAAAACACGUCUCUGAUGAACAGCUUGUGGGUUUUGUUGAAAGCUUACUAGUGGCAGUUUUUAAUACAGCAUCCCCACUUUCCAAUCCUGAGUUAUGCCCAAGUGCCUUACAGGGUCUAAACCAGGCCAUGAAACUGCCCAGCCCUGCUCACCACCUCUGGAGUCUGCUCAGUGAAGCUACUGGGAAAAUUUUUGACCUUCUGCCAAAUAAGAUUCGGAGAAAUGAUCUAGAGCUGUAUAUCAGUGUAGCAAAAUGCCUUUCCGAAAUGACAGAUGAUGAAGCCAAUCGAGUUGCCCAGAUUACCAAGAGUAGCGUAGAAAAAGCUGCCUUUGUCAGACUGUACUUGGUCUCUCAAGGACGAUUCCCCUUGAUGGGCUUGACUGAUGUGCUCAGCGUUGCUGUCCAGCACCAUGAGAAAGACACACUGGGCUGGAUGAUACUGCACAGCUUAUAUCAGGCCCGCAUUGUGAGCCACGCCAACACCGGGGUUUUGAAGAGAAUGGAGUGGCUCUUGGAACUGAUGGGUUAUAUCAGAAAUGUUGCUUACCAGUCAACGUCUGUUCAGAACAAGGCCCUUGAUGAGGCUUUGGACUUCUUGUUGCUGAUAUUUGCAACCGCAGUGGUUGCAUGGGCAGAUCACGCUGCUCCUCUCCUCCUCGGCCUCAGUGCCAGUUGGUUGCCAUGGCAUCAGGAAAAUGGCCCAGCUGGGCCAGCAUCAAACUUCCUUGGCAGGAGUCCAUUGCACAGGGUCACUCUGCAGGAGGCUCUCACUCUCCUUCCCAGUAGCAUGCCUCUUCUGCUUCAGAAAGAGCCAUGGAAGGAGCAGACCCAGAAGUUCAUUGACUGGCUAUUCAGCAUCAUGGAAAGCCCUAAAGAAGGCCUCUCAGCAAAAUCCAGGGAUCUUUUAAAAGCCACCCUGCUGUCCUUGAGAGUUCUCCCAGAGUUUAAGAAGAAAGCCGUAUGGACCAGAGCAUAUGGUUGGUGAACAGUUUUUGCGGUAACCAGCAACAUUCUCAGCUGAAUGAGGAAAACCAUGCAGACAGGAGGAAUUUUUCAGAAUUAGUGUCUGGGAUUACUGAGACAUGAUGCAGAGGGCUGAGGGUCAUGAAAGGGUGGCUGCAUAACUGACAGCUUGAACCAUGCACGCCAGGAGACGGAAGGGCUAUUGCUUCGGUAUCCAGGGCAGUUGAGACUGACACAAGAACUUGAAUUUUCUUUUAUUUCACUAGAGUUCAAUCUGAAGAUUUUCUUUGUGAAAAAUUGAAUAUAUCAUCCCCCCCAAAAAAAUUCUAGUAAAAUAAUCUUGUGAAUUUUGUGCAUAUGACUUUUGUUUUAAGGCAUGGGGAAGGUUUUGCUAGCAAAACUAUAGUGGUGACAGUGAAAUCUAUUUCCCAUGAAUUCUCUAGAGGGUAUUCAUUGAUUCAGUGAGUUAGACUGUUUUCUUAUUGCUAAAAUGCUCUUGGAACUGCUCUAUAACUAUAAAUAAUAAGUGUGGUGUUAAACUUGAGCUAAAUCAGACUCAUUAGUCGUGGCGAUAAUUUUCUUAUGCUUGGGUCUCCUGAAUGUAAGUGAGAGUUACCUCAUUCAAAAUAAGGAAGGAGAGGUGUCUUUGCUUGGGGUGUGGCAGAAGCAACGUGGGGUGCACUUCUGGUUCAGCCUGAGUCUUUGAGUCCCUGGGAGGUGGGGACUAUCAUUGACCAGGCCUGGGUCAUAUGUCCAUCCAUCUGAAUCAGGUUUCCCCCAGAUCUCGAAAGGUGAUGACAUGCUAAGCAAGCAAAAAAUGGCAAAUAUCUCCUCAAAAGAUCAAUUUUUUUUAAUUUUUUUUUUUUUGGUAAAUACACAUCUGUCUUAAUCAGGUGACUAAGUGGCCUAAUGCCAAGUAAAUGAAGGAAUGUGACAGUAUCCUCAAGGGUUGCAUUUUACUCAGGGGCUUGGAGUCAGCCAGGAAUUUAAUUUGCUCUGAUUGCUAAUUAUUAUUUCUUCAUGCAGCCAUUAAUCAGAGCUGUCUUUAGCCAGUCACACAAACAUACCAAUGUAUACAUAUAUGAGAUUACGGGGGAGAAAAUAUGUACCACUGGAAUAAUAUAUCUUUUUUUGUCUAUCAUGCCAUAGCAGUGCCCUGUACUUUACAAGCACCAGGGAGCUUUUUUAUUCCCGUGUGGCGUGUACCUUCAUGUUGUCACCAAGUGUUCCUACCACAUAGAUUAAAAACUGCUCUGCUAAUUUUAUUUUCUAAAUAUAUAGAUUUAUGAUUCUAAGUUUUAAGUAUUUGUAGGUCACUGUGUAACUCACACUCUGUUUCUAGGUCACAGCUCUUUCUUUUGCUGAAUUCCAUAGGGUGCCAAGACUCUUACAGAAAAGGGGGAAAGGUGAGCUCUCAGGUAAUACUAACUGCAUCACCAGUAUUUCAUCUCUACUACUUCCUCACAGGCUGGGCUGGAGGAAAAUGAGUUCUAAGAAAGCCAAAACAGAAAAUUUAUGUGAGAAGCCACCUCAGCUUUCUUAUACUUCCCACCAAGGGGAGGUGGAAAAUUCUAACAUCUAUUAUUAGGUAAUAAAUGUAACUAGAGUAUCACUUGCAUUAUCUUAUUUAACCCUUGUAACAAUGCUCUGAAGAGGCAUUUUUUUCUUGUUUUAAAUGGAGAGAAUAUAUCUAAUAUGUGGCAGAGCUACUACACCUGGAGCUAAGGUCAUAGCAGCCCAGAUCCAGUGCUCUUUCUACUGCAUCUGGCUCAUCAGCACCCACUUUCAGACGAAAUUGGCCACCAAGGAUUAAACCUCAUUCAUGCUUAACAUAGGUUGCUGUAAUCAGAUAAAAGAAGCACCAUUGUCUCUUGUUAAUAAGUCUCUGGAACUGGGAAUUAGGAGUUCUAGUGUGACUUCUUCAUGGCAUAAAGGACAUAGAUUCCUGAGCCAAUUGGCAAAUGUGGGUGGCAGUAAAGAACAGUAAAGAGGAUGUGGGCUCUGAAGAGCUACUCUAGCAUUUCCCCCUCCAGCUCCCACCCAGGGGGCAGACUCACUAAUGUUCAACAAAAAGGAUGGAGAAGCAGCCCAGUCUUCGAAACCCAGACUGCCUUUUUCAAUUCAGCCCAGUUUCUUCUCAUUCAAACUUUGUCCUUACUCCUGACUUGACAAGACAACAGAAGACUACAAAAGGGAGGAAAUAAGAUCUGUCUGUAUCCUCUCUUCUCUAGCUCCCUCUUUUUGUUUUCAGCAGCCCUGGGUUUAAGAGUCAUAGGACUGUUCUAUUCAUGGGAAGCUCAAAAGGGUCUAAAAUGUCAGAUUCUAAAUUUGAAACUCUGAAGGUUCUAAACUCUAAUUAUGCUAAGAUGUAGGUCACUGGAAUAAUAAGACCCUUUCUCCUGGUUACCUGUCUGACCUCAGGUAAGAAUUAAGGUAUUCCCGUAGGAUAGUUCAGUUUGUCCUCCAGAAACCAGAAGUCUCUGCUCUUUGAGACCAGAUGUUCAAAACUAUAUACAAAAGGAAAAGUUUCCUUACAAAUCAUCUUCUGUUAGUUUUUGAAAUCACAAGUUACCAAGACAAAUAGCAUGCUGGGGUAUACUAACAAAUCAACGUGUGGGAUUAAGGCCAUGUUAUGUGUCUCAGAAGUAUCCAAACACUCUGACUCUUGAUUUGAAAAGUGUACACUUGGAACAGAUGUUGGGAUCCAUGCAAGUGCCUAAUAUCUUUGUGUUUUAUUUAUAGUGUAAUGGCUCCAUGGUAACUAAAUGGCUAUUAAUCACCUUUUUUUUUGAUUAAUUGACACGUUAACUUCUCCAAAAUAAUUUUAACCAAAGAUGACAAUUAUAUAAGGAGUAAGACUUUUUUAAGGACUCAACUACCAUCUUGAAAUAGCUGAAUCACUUUGAAAGUAGUAGUUUUAGGUUUUUGGUAAACAUUUUAGCAAAUUGCUGUUUUAGAAGAGAAACCUGACUGUUUGGUAAAGAAGAUGGGGCCUUUGUUAAAGCCAGAGUCAUAAGCUACGUCUUUAGGUCUCUGACCUCACAGCCUAUUCAUAGCUGCAGGCAUUUCAAAUGGAACCAGGGGACAGAAUAUAUCUGGAACAGUUCAUAUCCUUCAUUGCUUUUAUGGGACGACACCCUGACAGCAUCAUCUUCAUGUAUAAAUAAAUGUAUAUUAUUGCUGCUCUGGUGCUGGAUAAGAAAAUAUGCUUUUAUAUUUUCUAGAAGGAAAUGCUUUAUUCUAAUCCUCAAAACUUUUAGGUCUCAACUUUUUAAAUGUAUGAUUCAUAAAAUAUUUAUGAAGUUAUAUGCAUGCUGUUAAACUGCAUAAACCAAGAUUCUUUGAAAUUGCAAUUUAGAAAGAUCAUCUGAUUCUUGCCACACACAGAGAACUUGUGAAAUAAUAUCCAGCCAGACUAUUAGAUAUGGAAGUGAAUAAAAAUGACAGUGAGGAAUCCCUGACUUGGGCUUCAUUUUUUGCUGAAAGAAAUAACCUACCUAAACAAAGUAGUUGUCAGAAUUGAAAGAAUACAAAAAUAUGCUUUAUAAAUUCUAAAAUAUAAUAUAAAUGCUUCACUUUUGUCCAUUUCACUGACAAAUAAAUAGCAGUUGUAAUGCUUAAAACAUUUCUGACAACGUGUAUGUUGGGACUUGGGAAGAUUAAAAAUAUUGUUCUCUUUAACAAAGCACUGGAGAAACAAGUAGCAUAAUAAGGAAAAAUAUUUAUAUAAAUUGUCUUAAAAACUUCUGUAUGUUUAUUUGUACAUGAGGUACCCUUUGAGAUUAAUCAAAUAUAACUGAAAUAUCACCUAA